AUGCAUUGCUACUGUGCCAACUACUAUGGAGCAGUUAACUGCCAAAACAAAGUCUCUAACUUUGGCCAGCGGUGUAAACUGUGUAUAGCUCUAAAUGAGGGUAGGUCGGCAAAAGACCCAUCUGAUCCCUUCAAAAUCACAUCCAACGACUACGCGUACGACAGCGAUGUUAUCGAAGAUGACGACUCAAGUCAAGACGACGAGGAAAGCCAGCGCGGUCGGUCGAGGGAGCGAAGCAAGAGCUCUUCAAAGUAAAUACUGAAUCGGGUUGUAUGAUACUCGAGGGUGCU